AUGGAUACGGGCAAAUUUUCAGCCCUCGAUAUUUUCUUCUUCUUGAUCACAUUCUUUCUUUCCUCCGCCAUUGGGCUCUACUAUGGAUGGACAUCACGACGGAAGGCUAAUACACGUGAAGAGUACAUGCUGGGUGGGCGGAAGAUGGGCCUCCUGCCCAUUACUGCCUCCCUCGUGGCUACAGCAGUUUCGGGAUCAACUCUUCUUGGCCAGACGACGGAAGUUUAUGCAUUUGGAACACAGGCGUGGCUUCUCAGCUUCACGUGCGUCGUGUUGUCCAUCAUUGUGCCACUGAUUUAUCUUCCUGUUUUCCUGGAGAUUGGCGAAUUGUCCAGCUUCAAGUACCUGGAGUUGCGCUUUAGUCGUUCUGUGCGGUUAUUUGCGAGUGGUUUGUUCACACUCACGUCACUCCUGUUCCUCCCCGUGACUGUGUACGUGCCCGCGUUGGCCUUUCACGAAGUCUCGGGGUUGUCGGUGCACCUCAUCACGGGCCUCCUGACCCUCCUGUGUGUCUCCUACACGGCCAUUGGGGGCAUAAAGGCCGUCGUGUGGACUGAUGUGCUGCAGAUCACGCUCACGAUCCUCUCGUCGGCCACAGUGGCGAUCGUUGGGAUAAAUCAGGUGGGAGGACUGGAGAAAGUCUGGCGGACGGCUGAUCAAGGAGGGAGGCUCAUCUUUUUCAAGUAA